UGCGCAGUGGCGCCCCUCCCACAAGCCCAUUCCGCCAUCCUUGGUCACACUGACUUGACCGAGAGUUUUUCCUGCGCCAAGGCUGCUUCCACCUACCCUCGACAUGCCUUUCAUCGAGCUGGAGACGAACCUGCCCGCCAACCGCCUGCCCGCCGGGCUGGAGAAGCGGCUGUGCGCGGCCGCCGCCACCGUCCUGAGCAAGCCCGAAGACCGCGUGAGCGUGACUGUGCGGCCUGGUUUGACCAUGGCGAUGGGCGGAUCCACCGAGCCCUGCGCCCAGCUGCUCGUCUCUUCCAUCGGUGUGGUGGGCACUGCGGAGGAGAACCGCGGACACAGCGCGGGCUUCUUCCAGUUCCUUACCAAGGAGCUGGCCUUGGCUCAGGACCGGAUAGUUAUCCGCUUUUAUCCGUUGGAGCCCUGGCAGAUUGGAAAGAAAGGAACUGUUAUGACAUUUUUAUGAUUGGCACAAAGGAUCCAGGCCAUCUCUAAGCCAGCUGCCUCUUCCCAAGAAGCAUCCUGGCAGAGUCAGCGUGUGGUGGAUCCCUGCGUCUGGCACCCUGCUGCUGCUGCUGUGUCUGUGGCCUUGUGGUUGUCCCCUUCUCCAUCCUCAUCCCAAAUAAAUGAAGAUGACCUUAUCAUUCAA